GGAGGGUCAGGAGGGAAUGGAGCCCCUCUGUCGCACACACACAAACACCCCCAAAGGUUAUGGCAUUUUCCUGGGUCUUCAGACAUUUCAAUCUUGUUUUGGACUGGGGAGUCCUUUCCUUCUGUGGGGCAGAGCAGCAGCUGCUCCCAAGGGAGCCUCUGUCCCCAGAGGGUAGACUUGCUGCCUGUCCAGCCUCUUUCAUUCCAGACUGGGGGGCAGGGGAGACGACCAAGCUUGGAGGGGCUGGGGCUGGGGCAGGAGCCCCCUCUCCAAAUGCCAGGGUGAGGAGUGGGAACCUCCGUUCAGACCUGUACUUGCCCAGGAGAGAGAGUGGGUGCCCUGGGGGCACAGAUGACCCAACCAGCCUUAAAAGGGUGCAGGGCGUCAGCUCAAGGACCUGCAACCUGGACAGCAGGAACUUGACCUCCCCCUGCCCCAAACUUGAACCCCAGCACCUGGGCCCUGCACCCUCAGACAGGUUCCCUCUAAUUCAGAGCUGAGUUGGAAAUGACAGCCAAUGCAGGUAUAUUCUUCAGAUGCUAGGGGGUAGGGGAUAGGACUGAGUCCCUGCCCCCACUCACAGUGGGUGGGGGUGCAGAGGAGGAAGAGAGGCUCUGCCUGGGGAAGUCACAGCAGUCUGGGGUACAGCUACUAGACCUCAGCGGUUGCCACACCCCUUCCUUUCCCUAGAAACUUGACCCCUGAGGGAAAGGCUGUGGGGCUGCUGCUUCCCCGUCUGCUUGCUGGGAGCCCCUGGGACCAAGGUUGAGCGUGCCGCCCCUUGCCAUGAUCCCAAAGUGGUACGGGGCAGAUGCGGGUCCAGGCAGGGGCCUCUGUGUGCCCAGGCCCUGGAGGCAGGGCUGCCCUGAGUGCGCGUAACUCACGUGCUGUUCCCUGAGCACCGCUCUCACGGGGUGCGGGGGGCUCCCCCGCCCUGCGGGCCCUCGCCGGGGCUGAGGUGGGCACAGGCAGGGGCGGUCGUGGGGGUGUUCAAAACUGCCUCCAGGGCGCUGAUUGGCUGCCCUGUGCUGUCGCUGCGCGCACUGGAAUCCACGGCCGGCCGCGCGGAGGACACACGCGGCUGCCAGGCUGGUGCCUUCAGCGCCCACCCUCCCUGCGCCUCCAGUGCUGCGCAGACGCUGAGGACACACCCUUUGCCUCCCCAGGGUACCCCGCAGUCCAACCCGGGAGCAGGACACCCCCCUGCCGCCCACUGCGUCGUCCUGCCCCGACCUCCACCCACCUCCGCCCCCCUCGGCGUCGCCCGCCCGCCGCCCUGUCUCUAGGCGGCGGUUUCCGCAGCCUGGUGGGGGAAGGGGAGAGGGAGGCCAGGGACCUGGCGGUAGGUGGUCAGCUGGGGGUAGGAGCCACCAGAGACCGCAUCUAGGAUGGAGGAAAGGUGGGUCCGCGGGAGCCCCGCUUCCCACACCCUCAGGAAGUCCUGCUCCUUUCCCCACUCAGACCCUUCAUGCUUCAGGCAUAGUCGGCUGCCCCUUGCUGAGUCCCAGUGAACAGACCUGUUGCUCUGGGGCCCACAGGCAGAUCCGGAUUCCUGACCCCCAGGUUGUGGUGAGGGUCCUGAGCCAGCACCACGGAGCCCAGGCGACCACCUCUACCCACCCAUGCCCACCGCGCAUGAGGCUGAGAAGCAGCACACAGGGCCAGAGGAGGCAGACCAGCCUCCCUCCAUGUCCAGUCAUGUGGCCCCCCCGGCUGCCCCCAGCCGCAACCCCUGCUGCUUGUGCUGGUGUUGCUGUUGCAGCUGCUCCUGGGCCUGUGUGUCUGCCAUCAGGAGUGAAGGGCGACGGCGAGCAUGGCGGGCCUCCGGGGAGAGCAAGCUGCAGCCCCUCCCCAGCUGCGAAGCCUGCACGCCAAGCCCUGAGGAGGUGCAGAGCUGGGCGCAGUCCUUUGACAAGCUGAUGCACAGCCCCGCGGGCCGCAGUGCGUUCCGGGCAUUCCUGCGCACAGAGUACAGCGAGGAGAACAUGCUCUUCUGGCUGGCCUGCGAGGAGCUCAAGGCCGAGGCCAACCAGCACGUGGUGGACGAGAAGGCACGGCUCAUCUACGAGGACUAUGUGUCCAUACUGUCCCCCAAGGAGGUGAGCCUGGACUCCCGCGUCCGGGAAGGCAUCAACAAGAAGAUGCAGGAGCCGUCUGCACACACGUUUGACGACGCGCAGCUGCAGAUUUACACGCUCAUGCACCGGGACUCCUACCCCCGCUUCCUCAGCUCCCCCGCCUACCGUGCCCUGCUGCUCCGGGGGGACUCCCAGUCUUCCCAUGAGGCCUAGACUGCCCCCUCAUGUGGGCAGAGACUCAGGUCACCUUCCACAUGUGUGGCAGCUGGUGUCAGGUACACCAGGCCCAGCACCCUUGGGGCUGUCCUAGGCAGGAGCUCCAGGUGCAGGGCAGGCCAGGAGCACCUGCCACCCAGAGAACCUAGUGCCCUGAGGUCCUAUUAGGCAGGUGUGCUGACCAGCUGCCUGUUGAGAGGAAGACCCUCCAGGAGGCAUUUUGGACCCACCAGCCUCACUGGACACCUGCCCCAGGCAGCCAGGGACCUCAAGAAAUGCCUUUGGUGGAGAAGAGGGCCUCUGUACUGUCUAGUUUUGUGACUUGGCGAGACCCUCCAGCUUGAGCUCUUUGCUUCUGGGAAUCAAACCCAGAAUGUCCAAACCAGGCUCAAGGUGACAGGACCCAGUUUUUCUCUUCUAUGUUCGUUAAUUUUGAACCAGGAAACAUGUCUUCACUGUAUUUUAUUAAAAAAAAAAAAAAAGUUUUUAUAUUUAUCUCCA